ACCAGCGACCGGAGGACUGAAACAGCUUUGAUUACAGAUCGUCAAAGGAUCUGUAGCUAAACAGCUGCAGACAGUACCAUCCUCACCAGAUCCUCUUUCAAAGAUCAAGGAACGAUUCAAGAGGACCUGGACAUUACCAAACUAUCUGCACAAAGUGCAAGAAUGGGGCUAACUAAAGCCCAACUAUGGACUUGCCUCGCCCUUCUCUGCCUCUGCGGGACCAACGCAGGGAGGCAGCAGAGGUCGGCGAUGGAGAUUCCCCACGGACAACAAGAAGAUGUUAGACAAACCCCCUGCGCAAUGCCACAACCCCCGAUGAACGGCAUGGUGAGCUGCAUGACAGACUGGGACGGUACCGAGGUGUGCACGGCCAGCUGUGCGGACGGGUACAACCUGGCUUCUGACAACGCAGACAUAACCUGCAACAUGGAUGGCACAUGGUCUGGGGCCUUCCCAGAGUGUGUGGCCACAGUGCAGAUUUGUCAGCUGCCCGCCCCGCCCAUGUUCGGGCACGUGUCCUCCGCCACAGACGUGAACGGCAAGCAGACGGCCACGCCCAGCUGCAUGUCCGGGUACCACCCCGAGACGCCGUUCCUCGCAGAGUACGUCUGUGUCAACGGUGCCUGGAGUCCCACAGCUACCUUCCCCAACUGUGUGAAGGAUGGUGCAGAUGGAGGUGAUGUCAUCCUCCCUGUUCUGCCUGGCUCUACUGAGUCCUCCAUCAUGCAGGUGGAUACUGCUGUGGUGACUGCCGAUCAGUUUGGCCACUGCACAGCCUUUGGGCAGAGCCACUAUCGCACCUUUGAUGGGCAGAUGUACUACUUCCGAGGGAGCUGCACUUACCUGCUGGCAGGAGACUGUGCCGACAACACCUUCAAGAUCCACGUCAGGAACCAGAGGGACUGCAGUGCUGCGGCCCCCUGUCACCGCUUCGUGACGAUCUACCUGGGCAACAUGGUCAUCAGGAUCGAGAAGGGCGCAUCGGGCCCUGUGGUGUUCCACAAUGACCUGCAGCUCACCAUCCCCACCAAGAUUGGAGAUGGGCUCCUGGUGGAGAAGGUUGCAACUUACAUCACAGUCAAGUCUGGCCUGGGCUUCCAACUCAAGUGGGACGGUGAUGAGGCCAUCUUUGUUGACGUCACAGAUGAGCUGUCUGGAAAGACCUGUGGUCUCUGCGGGAAGUUUAACCGCGAUCCCAGCGAUGACUUCACCGACAUCAUGGGUCACGUCGCUCACACACCAACAGCUUUCGCUAACAGCUACAAGAUGUUGGCUGAUGGUGAGACGUGCCAUGACUCGACCAGUCAGAACAGCCACUGUAAGUCUGACACCACCCAGCACCAGCAGGUCACUGCUGCCGCUGACGCCACCUGUAGGUCGCUGCUGGACAGCCCAACCUUCGCCACAUGCCGCCAGGUGGUGGAUGCCCAGCCGUUCUACCAGGCCUGUAUGGAUGACGUCUGCUUCUGCAACGGACAGCGUAGCGGCUGCGAGUGCGGGACCUUCGAGGCCUUCGCUCGGGAGUGCAUGCGCCAGAACAUCCACUUCACCUGGAGAACCAACAGCUUCUGCCCGGUGUCCUGCCCUGCUGGCCAGGUCUACCAGGACUGUGGCAGCUCCUGCCCCAAGACCUGCCGCCAGACGGUCUACAACUGCGAGGACGAGCAGUGCAUCGACGGCUGCCACUGUCCCGACGGAUACUUCCUGCAUGGCAACGACUGUCUGCUGCAGGACCAGUGUCCCUGCCUCAGUCACGGACAGGAGUACCUGCCUGGCUCCACCAUCAAGUCUGACUGUAACGACUGUGAGUGCAAGUCUGGCAGAUGGGAGUGCACAAACAAUGUGUGCGAGUCCACUUGCCGUGCCACCGGUGACCCUCACUACAUGACGUUUGAUGGAAAGCGUUAUGACUUCAUGGGAGACUGUUCCUACACUCUGGCCAGGAACAUCGACAACAGUGUGGCUGACUUCCACAUUGUUGCUGAGAACAUCGAGUGCGGCACCAGCUCUGCCCGCUUUGCCUCCUGCACCAAGUCCAUCUCCGUCAUGCACGGCGGCUCUCAGCUCAAGAUGAAACAGAACCUGGCACUGCUGCUGAACGGGCAGGACAUCACACGUCUGCCACACAGGGCACCAGGACUGUACAUCGAGUGGGCUUCUUCCAUCUUCCAGAAGGUCACCCUUGACAACGGCAUGUCCAUCCUGUGGGACGGUAACAUGCGUGCCUACAUCACCUCACCUGCCAGCUUCUCUGGGAAGACUGUCGGUCUCUGUGGUACCUUCGACAACAACCAGAACAACGACUUCCUGACAGCGCUGGGUGAUAUCGAGACCAACCCAGUGUCCUUCGCUAACAAGUGGAAGACCGACGACACCUGCAUGGACCAGGCCCUUAUGCCGGGGACAGAGGAGAUCGCCCACCCCUGUGAUAUCUACUCCCAGCUGAAGGCCACUGCUCAGGCUGAGUGUGGUUACCUCCUGCAGGAGCCUUUCACAGCCUGCCACGAUGUUGUUGACGUGAACCCGUUCUACCAGAACUGUCUGUUUGACUUCUGCGCCAGCCAGACCAACACCGAGCAGCUGUGCAGCACCCUGUCCGACUACGCCAUGGCCUGCGCCAGUAAGGGGGUGGUCAUGGACUGGAGAGACGUCGUUCCAGGCUGCGCUCUGAACUGUAUGGGUGACAUGAUCUACCAGUCGUGUGCCUCCUCCUGUGGCACCAGCUGUGCCAGCCUGGCGGAGGGCCUGACCUGUCAGGAUGACUGUGUGGAGGGCUGUAACUGCCCGCCUGGCACCGUGCUGGACCACAGCGGCUACUGUGUCACACCCGAGCAGUGCGGCUGCAUGCACAACGGCCUCCACUACGCUGAUGGUGAGACUAUCAACAAGGACUGCAACACAUGCAUCUGCCACCAGAGCCAGUUCCAGUGUACUCAGAACGUCUGUCCUGAUGCUCCACUCAUGGCCAGCUGUGGUGAGAACGAGGAGUUCACCACCUGCAAGUCCCUGUGCCCCCGCACCUGCGACAACAUGCACCUGAACGUGGAGUGCACCACCGUCACCUGCGAGUCCGGCUGCCAGUGUAAGAACGACACGGUGUGGGACUCCACCCAGCAGAAGUGUGUGACUCCCAACCAGUGUCCCUGCUACCACGGCAGCCACAGCUACCAGGCUGGAGAGACUAUCCAGAUGGACUGUAACACUUGCUACUGUAACGGCCAGGUGUGGACCUGUGAGACUAAGGAGUGCCCAGGCAUCUGCUCCGUCUUCGGUGAUCCUCACUACAAGACCUUUGACGGCAAGAUGUUUGAGUUCCAGGGAGACUGUGACUAUGUCAUCUCUAAGACUAAGGACACCUACGCCAGCCCCUACUCCAUCACAGCCGAGAACAUCCCGUGUGGCACCAGUGGAGUCACAUGCACCAAGAACAUCGUCUUCACUCUUGGCUCAGGCCCCACCAGGCAGCGUCUGACCCUUGUGCGUGGCCAGCCCAUCACGGUGACUCAGGGACAGGACUUCCGCGUGCGUGAGUCCGGCAUGUUCAUCUUCAUCAACACUCCCAUCGGUGUGGAGCUGCAGUGGGACAAGGGAACACGUAUCUACAUCCGCCUGGAACCUCACAUGAAGAACCAGGUUGAGGGUCUCUGCGGUAACUUCAACGAUGACCAGAACGACGACUUCACCUCUCCGUCCGGCGGCCCCGCCUCCCAGCUCGCUAACGAGUUUGGCGACUCCUGGAAGGUCCACGACUACUGCAUGGACGCCGUGGUUGUUGAGGAUACCUGUGCCCUGCACCCCAACCGUCAGUCCUGGGCCCAGCGCAGGUGUUCCAUCAUCAAGUCGGAGGUCUUCGAGCCUUGCCACGUGCACGUGCCCUACCAGACCUACUACGACAAGUGUGUGUAUGAUGCCUGUGGCUGUGACUCUGGUGGUGACUGCGAGUGUCUGUGUACUGCCAUCGCCGCCUACCACUACGAGUGUGCCCUGCACGGCAUCUACAUUCUGUGGAGAGAGCAGGAGAUUUGCCCCAUGCAGUGUGACCACGGCAUGCAGUACGUGGCCUGCGCCAACCCCUGCCCGAUGACAUGCUCCAACUACGCCCAGUACGACCAGCUCUACCCAUCCUGUAACGACACCUGCGUGGAGGGCUGUGGCUGCCCAGACGGCUUUGUGAUCGGUGAUGAUGGCCAGAGCUGUGUGCGUCCGGAGCAGUGUGCCUGCCUGAUGAUCGAGGGUGUGUCCUACGACAACGGAGACCAGAUCCCAUUCAUGUCCGACAACUGCAGGACUUGCUACUGUGAGAACCACCAGAUCAAGUGUAUUGGUCAGCCAUGUGACGGAACCUUGACCACUGCCAAGCCUGAGGUAACCACUGGUGUGUUCACCACCACUGUGUUCACCGCCACCUCAGGCGUCCUCACCACAAGCACUGAUGCAAAUGUGCCAAUCUUCUCCACUACCAGCACAGUCACCACCAAACCCACCAUCAUCACCAGCACUACCCCACCCCCCACACAGGUGUGCUUGACUGUGAACGGUGUCAGCUAUUUGGAGCAGAGCAUGAUCCCAGACAUCUCCAAUGAGUGCCAGACAUGCUACUGUAUCUCCCACAACAUCCAGUGUGCGUACAACCCAGACUGCGCCACCACCACCCAGGCCACGUCUACCGGAACACCUCCCAUCUUCACCCUGCCUCCGGGUGAGAUCACCACAGGGUUCCAGACACCGACCGCAACAACCGGCACCCUGCCCAUCUUCACCCUCCCACCGGGUGAAACCACCACCGGAUCCACCGGAACCACUCUUCCGCCAAUCCAGACCACCGGAGUCCAGACUCAGACCACCGGAGUCCAGACUCAGACCGUGCCACCAAUUGUCACCUCCAGCACCACCGGGACAGUCCCCCUCUUCACUCUGCCCCCUGGAGAGACCACCAUCGGUGUGGAAACCCUCCCGCCCAUCGUGACCACCGGAUCUACCACCGGUACCACUGUGCCGACCUUCAGCACCGUGGGAGUGACCACUGAGAAGCCCACUCAGCCUGUUACCAUCAUCAACGGUGACACUCAGACCACCACACUGCCCAUUGGCGAGCUGCCACCACAGGCCUGUAGGGAGCCAACUGACCACUGGACCCAGUGGUACAGUGUGUCCACUCCCACUGCCCUGACCGGCGGCGACUUCGAGACCAUCGACAGCAUCCGUCAGCUCUACAGCUUCUGUCCCAAGACCAUGCUGACCGCCGUGGAGUGCCGCACCAUCGGCUACAACCAGGCCGCCCACGAGACCGGCCAGGUCGUGACCUGCGACACCCAGAACGGUCUGAUCUGUCUCAACGCUGAUCAGCCAAUGGGCAAGGAUUGCUACAACUACGAGAUCCGCUUCUUCUGCGAGUGCGGCCCAGAAGUCACCACCCUGCCUGGCAUCGUGACUGGCACACAGUUCACCACCCAGUCCAUCACCACCCUCCCAGUCGUCACCGUGACGACCAAACCUCCCUCCGUCACUACCGUGUCCAGCAGUGUCCCAACCGAACCCUUCAUGCCUGGAGUGGAUACUGUCACUCCACAAAUCACCACCACUAUUCCUCCUGAGUGUGUGAGGCAUGGGUGGACAGACUGGAUGAACGGGGACUCCCCAUCUACCGGUGAGGGUGAUGAUGAGACCAUCAAUUCCCUGCGUGCAUACUAUCCUUUCUGUGAGGCUCCCAUGGCCAUUGAGUGCCGCCAGGUCGGCACCAACAUCAUCUACACCUCCAGCCAGCCUGAGGUCGUGUGUGACCACAACGUGGGUCUGAACUGCAUGAACAACCUCAACGGUGGCAUGUGCCCAGACUAUGAAGUCAGGUUCUACUGUGACUGCAGCAACCACUGUGACCAGCCAAUGAAUGUUGCCGACAAUGGCGCAAUCAGGGACAACAUGAUCACAGCUUCUUCCGAGCGCCCUGAUAGGCCAGCUGACGACGGUCGCCUUGACCACCCAACCAGCUCCUGGGUUCCGACCGUUCAGGACGCCAACCAGUGGAUCCAAGUGGACUUGGGCGAGAAGGUUGAGUUGACAGGCAUCAUCACCCAGGGACAGGAGGUUGCUGUUCAGCCUGGCUUCCCAGAGAUGCCAGCCUGGGUCACCUCCUAUGUUGUCCUGUACAGCACUGAUGGUGUCAACUUCUUUGCUGUGCCUGACCUCCAUGGUAACCCACAGCAAUUCCAGGGCAACUAUGACAGUGACUCUCAUGUGCAGCACAUUUUCGCUGAACCCAUCGAGGCUCAGUACAUCCGUGUGCAGCCUCUGACCUGGGCCAACUUCCUCAGCUUCAGGUUUGAACUGCUGGGAUGCAGGCCUUUCGGUAACAUCCCAGAUGGAGAGACCCAGACCACCACCCCAUCUCCCACCCCGAUGGAGAUCUGUCCCUAUGGCACACAGUUCUGGACACCCUUCAUGUCUGCCCACCACCCAGACACCGCCCAGACUGGCGUACAGGAGACAGAGACAUACGACCUGCUCAGCCAGGCCUACAACCUGUGUGGAAAGGACAUGGUGGACAAGAUCAUCUGUAGAGAGUCUGCCACCCACAUGCAGGCUCAGACAGGAGGCAUGGUGACCUGUGACCUGGAGAACGGCCUGGUCUGCAACAACGCCAUGCAGCCCGACCACGACUGCGUGGACUAUGAGGUCUCCUUCCACUGCAACUGCGGCGGUACCGGCGUGACCACCAUCAACACCCCCAUCACCACCCUGGCCACCGCCACCACCAAGCCCACCACCCAAGUCUUCACCACCCAGCAGGCCAACAACCCGCUGUGCGUGGACGGUUGGACGCCGUGGAUCAGCACUAACGAGCCCGCGCCCGCUGACGACUUCAUGGGCGGAGAGACCGAGAGCCUGGCCCUGAUCGCCAGCAACCCUGACUACGCCGCCCUCCUCUGCGGCGGUGACAUGAACAUGAUCGCUGACAUCCAGUGCCGUGAGGUUGCCUCUCAGGCAGACUGGCAGAGUACCGGAGCCCUCGACCUGCAGUGUGACACCACCAACGGCUUCUACUGCUCCAACUCUCUCAACUACCCUGUCGGCUGUGAGGACUUCGAGAUCAGUGUGCUCUGUCAAUGUGGUGAGGCUCCAACAGGUGUUAUCACAGAGACCACAAAGCCACUGACCACCCAGGCACUGACCCCCACCCCCACACCAACCGAGGUCAUCAGCCACGAGACCACCAAUCUGCCUCAGACAACUGGUGUGGCUGGUAGUACGACAAUCACUAGCGACACCACCACUGGCUCUACCACCCUCCCAGUGUACAACGAUGACUGCCCAGAGGGCACCAUCUACUGGACACCAUUCUACAACUCCGAUACACCCACCACUGGUACCGAUGGUGGAGACCACGAGACCUACCAGAGCAUCGUGCAGGCUUACGGAGAUGAGCUGAGGAUCUGUGACGAAGCUAUGAUUGACAAAGUCCUGUGUCGUCAUGCCGACUCCCACCUGCUGACCAUCAUGACCAAUGACGAGCACGUGGAGUGUGACCUCCAGAACGGCCUGGUCUGCCUCAACUCCAUGCAGUCCGACGGGAUGUGCGAGAACUACGAGAUCUCCUUCCGCUGUAACUGCGCGCCUGCCACAACCAUCGCUACCGUCGGCACCACCACCACCCCCAUCGCCACCACCGGCGUCAUCGGCACGGUCAGCCCGCUGACCACUCUGUCCCACCUCACGUCCACACCGCAGACCACUCACGGCGUCAUGACCGAGACUCCCGGGACUGAGACAACCACCCAGCAGGUCAUCAUUGACACCACCACCACUGCACCCACGUACACAGACAUCAUCACUGGUGAGACCACAACCAAGCCACUCAUGACAACUGGCUCCAUCACCGAGACCACUGCAUCUACAACCAUUGGUUUCGAGACAACCAAGCCACCCAUGUCUACUGGUGUUGUGACCUCAGUGAGCACUACCAAGCCAACAAUGUCUACCGGCAUUGAAACUACAGCUCAGACCCCCACCACCACCAGCCAGACACCGACUGUUGUUGUUGAGGAGACCACAACCAAGCCACUGAUGACAACUGGCUCCAUCACCGAGACCACUGCGUCUACAACCAUUGGUAUCGAGACAACCAAGCCACCCAUGUCUACUGGUGUUGUGACCUCAGUGAGCACUACCAAGCCAACAAUGUCUACCGGCAUUGAAACCACUGCUUCAACAACAACAACCACACUUAAGCCCACCACUGUCCAGACUACAACUAAGCCGGAGAACCCAGCUUACUGUGUGGAUGGCUGGACUCCAUUCAUGAACAGCUACAGUCCCGACAACAUCGGUGACAUUGAGACCUACAGCAACCUCAGGGAAAUCUACGAGUUCUGUCCAGUCGAGAUGAUUGACGACAUCGACUGCCGCGUCGCAGGCUUUAACAUGGACUACGCUCUUGUGGGACAGAAUGGCGUUAUGUGUAACGAGAACAUCGGUUUCAUCUGUGACUCCUCUCAGCAGGACGGCACAUGUAUGGACUAUGAGAUCAGGGUGCACUGCAGAUGCUCUGAGGAGCCAACGACAACAACAACCCCUGGUACCGUCAUUGUCAGUACCACUGGUCAGAUCACCCUUACUGGUGUGGUUACUGAGCCUCAGACUGAGCCUACAACCAUCCAGGUGGACACCACCACCAAGCCUGAGGAGACCACCACAACUAAGCCAGUUGAGGAGACAACUCCUCAGACCACCACUGUGAGCACCCUGGCUCCUGCCUACUGUCCACCUGGCUCCUCCGCAUGGACACCCUUCAUGUCUGCCGACAGCCCCAUCGACGGAAACGACAUUGAGACGAUCGACGCCCUGCGUGAGAAGUACUCCUUCUGCGAGGACUACAUGAUCACCAACAUCGUCUGCCGUCGUGAGGGAGACCACAUCACAGCUGACAUGACCAGCCAGAAUGUGCUGUGCCACCCCCAGAUGGGUCUGACUUGCUAUUCUGCUGACAACAACGGCCAGAACUGUUACAACUUUGAGGUGUCCUUCUUCUGUGACUGCAACUUGCUCACAACAACAACACCACGGCCGGUGACUGCUACACAGGUGCUUACCACCACCAAGCCUAUCACUGCUACCCAGGCUACUACAACAACCAAGCCUAUCAUGACCACCCAGGCUACAACCACCCAGGCCACUACAGCUACCACCAAGCCAACCACCAUCCAGACCGUGUCUUAUCCUGAGACUGAGACAACCACCAGUGUUGUUGGUACAACCACCAUCGCUGGCACCACCAAGCCAACAACCCUCCAGACAGGCACUGUCCCUGGUACUGAGACACCAUUCACUACCAUUGGCGGUACCACCAAGCCAACCACCAUCCAGACAGGUACUGUCCCUGGUACUGAGGGUACAACAACUACCAUCGGUACCGUGACUGGCUCUGAGACAACCACCAUUGCUGGUACCACCAAGCCUACCACCAUCCAGACAGGCACUGUCCCUGGUACUGAGACACCAUUCACUACCAUUGGCGGUACCACCAAGCCAACCACCAUCCAGACAGGUACUGUCCCUGGUACUGAGGGUACAACCACCACCAUCGGUACCGUGACUGGCUCUGAGACAACCACCCAUGCUGUCGAGCCAACCACCUCUAUCGGCACCAUCUCCGUUCCUACCUCUCAGACCACCACCAUUGCUGGUACCACCAAGCCAACCACCAUCCCAACAGGAACUGUCCCUGGUACUGAGGGUACAACAACCACCAUUGGUUCAGUGACGACUAAGCCUACAACGCAGACGAUGCAGACAGCUCCACAGAUCGCCUGCAUCCAGCACGGUUGGUCUGACUGGAUGAACGUGGACCGUCCCAACAACGGUAACAACGCUGGUGACAUCGAGUCCAUCGAUGAGCUGAGGAAGUACUACACCUUCUGUGCCAACCCAACCUCCAUCAAGUGUAGGGAGGUGGGCACCAACACACAGUACGAUGCCACUGGUGAUGGUGGUAAUGUCUGUAACCUGGUGACUGGCUUCCAGUGCACCAACGACUUCCAGUGGGAUGCCAUGUGCUCUGACUACGAAGUCAGCGUCUACUGUGACUGCCAGCCGGUAACCACUAUCCAGACCCUGUCUACCUCACAGACCUUCACCACAGCCUCUCAGCCACCUGUUGUCACAACAACUCAGACCCAGAAGCCCACAACACAGCAGCCCACAACUGUCCAACAGAACCCAGACCUGUGCGUGGAUGGCUGGACUCCGUGGAUGAGCUCUGACGAGCCCGGUAACCCCACCGACACCACAGAGGGAGAUGAGGAGACCUUCCCCAGCCUGGUCGCUGCCGGGUACAACAUCUGUGGUGGCAACCAGAACAUGGUCACCUCCAUUGAGUGUCGCGAGAUUGCUACUGGUGCUGACUGGCAGAGCUCAGGUGCCUUCGGCAUGCGCUGUGACCUGUACAACUGGUUCUACUGCCGCAACGCAUUCAACUACCCCGUGGGAUGCGAGGACUACGAAAUCAGGGUGUACUGUCAAUGUAGCGGGACUACCACCAUUUCUACCACCACUACCAAGCCCCUCAUUGAAACAGAGAGCACCACCACUAAGCCUGUUGUCUCUACAACUAUUGGUAUUCAGACCACACCUCAGACCUCACCAGUUACAACAACUGCUGGAGUUUCCACCUUUGCUCCCGUCUGUACUGAUGAGAUGCACGGCUGGACUCCAUGGAUGAACUCCUUCUACCCCAACCCUGCCACCGGAGGCGACUUCGAGACCUUCGACAACCUGAGGGAGCAGUUUGCGUUCUGCGCCAAUGAGGACAUCAUCAGCAUCGAGUGCCGUGACUCUGCCACUGGGCUGCCAUUUGACCAGACCGGCCAGAAUGGCGUGAAGUGUGACAUCAACAGCGGUCUGCAGUGUCUGAACACUCAGCAGUUCCCCAUCCCAGCCUGCGCUGACUACGAGAUCAGGGUCUACUGUCUCUGCAGGGAGGAGACAACUGUUGUCACUCCUAUCAUCCUGACCACCACCACUGCCCAGGUGACCACAACCAAGCCAGUUACCACCAAGCCGGUCACUGAGACCAGCCACUUUACUACAUCUCAGACAACUACGACCAUUGGUGUUGUGGACACAACAACCAAGCCAGUCACUGAGACCAGCCAGUUCACUACAUCUCAGACAAGCACAACCAUCAGUGUUGUGGACACAACAACCAAGCCUGUCACCACCAAGCCAGUCACUGAGACCAGCCAGUUCACCACUUCUCAGACCACUACAACCAUUGGUGUUGAGGAGACUAGCCAGCACUCACCACGUAAGCCGGUGACACAGACCAGUGAGUUCACCACCCAGGGAACCACCACAACCAUUGGUGUGGUUGAGACCACAACUAAGCCAGUCACUGCCACCGGCGUGGUCACCGAACCCACUCCAGGCACCACCACUCAGGUGGUUGUCACUGAGCCAACCACGCUGAAGCCUACCACCGCCACGGCUACUACCACCGUGCCAGAGAACCCAACCACCACCAAGCCCAUCACAACUGCCGAAACAACCGUUGUCACUGGUACAACCACCAUCGCAGGUGAAGUGGUCACAACCACCCUGCCCAUUGGUGAAGUGACCACUGGUACAACCACCCAGCAGUUCACCACCACCACCAAGCCAGGCUCCACCACCAAGCCAGUCAUAACCACCCAGGUUGUCACCGAGCCAAUCACUGGCACCACCAUGACCACCAGUUCCCAGGUCUUCACUACACAGUCUGUGCCUGAGGAGACCACCACACUGGAGGCCACCACCACAAAGCCCAUCACCCAGACCUUUGCCACAAUCACCACCCCAGCACCCACCUUCGCUCCUCAGUGUCUGCAGGAUGGCUACACACCGUGGUUCAACCUGGACAAGCCAAACGAGUCUCCGGAUGACAUUGGUGACAUCGAGACCCUGGACCAGAUCCGCGAGCAGUUCAUCUUCUGCGAUGACGACAUGAUCACCAAGGUGGAGUGUCAGAUGACCAUGGGUAACGGCCAGGGCAUCUCGUCCCAGAACACCGGCCAGCUGGUCACCUGUGACAUCACCAACGGCCUGACCUGUCUCAACGCUGCCAACCAGCCAACCGGCUGCUACGACUACGAGAUCCGCUUCUACUGUCUGUGCAGCGGCACCACUCCACUUGUUGAGACCACAACUGCCCAAACCACCGCAAGUCAGACCACGAUUGGCCAGACCACCACCGGUCAGACCACACCCAAGCCAGUCUCUACCACCACCAUUGGUGAGGUGACAUCCGUCGAGACAACACCACUCACCACCGCCGUGACCCUGCCACCUCUCUGUCUGGAGAACGUGGCCUACUGGACACCCUACAUGAACAUGGACCGUCCCAACACCAACAACAACGGAGGUGACAUCGAAACUCUGGAGGCACUGCGCCAGUACUACAGCAUCUGUCCUACAGAGAUGAUCGAUGAUGUGGAGUGCCUGGAGGCUGCCACCAUGUCUGCUCCUAACCAGGGCAGUGCCGUCAUGUGCAGCCCCACUCUGGGUCUCAUCUGUCUCAACUCCAUGGUGCCCAACAGUGACUGCGAGGACUAUGUGGUCAGGUUCCACUGUGCCUGUGGACCAGAGACUACCACAGCAACACAGACCACAGCCCAGACCACCACCAAGCCAGAAGGUACAACCACCACCAUCAAGCCUGGCACUCUCACCCCAACUCUUGAGACCACCACUCUCCACCCUGUGACCACCACCUUCGGUGAGGUCACACCAACAGAAGAGGUCGUCACCUUCACAACCACCACCUCUGGGGAGCCGUCUACCACCAUCGCUGUCACCAGUCCGACUACAACCAAGCCAACCCCUGGUGUGGUGACUGAGCAGACAACCACAACUGGUUUUGUUACUCAGACCAGCGUUGUGACUGAGAAGCCCACACCCACUACCACAACUGGUACAACCACCACCCAGACUAAGCCACCAACCACUCCUGUCCAGACCACUACUCCAAACAACGAGCCAUGCAGGGAGCCUAUGGGUCUGGAGAAUGGCCUGAUCAAGCCAGACCAGAUCACUGCCUCCUCUCAUCUGGAUGACCAGCACAGGCCUGAGGAUGUUGUUCUGAACAACCCAACUGGUGCCUGGAGGCCAGUCACCAACGACCAGACUCAGUAUCUCCAGGUUGAUCUUGGAGAGCUGACCCAUGUGACAGGCUUCAUCACCCAGGGUGAGCCUGAAACCACCAACUACGUCACCACCUACUACAUCACCUUCAGCACUGAUGGUGUCAACUUUGUGCCAUACACUGAUGAUGGCAAGGUUGUGACUUUCCCUGCCAACACCGACAGCACCACCCCAGUCACCAACCUGCUGGACCUGAGCCGACCAAUCACAGCUCAGUACAUCCAGAUCCACCCAGUGACCUGGAACGACAACAUCGCCCUGCAGGCUGAGAUCCUCGGCUGUGGAGUGACUCCAACAACUACAGUUUCCAGCACAGAGACCACUCCUGGUACCACUGUCAUCAGCACCACCCUCAGCACACCUGUGGCUACCACCCUGGGUACCACUAUCCAGACCACCCAGAUGCCAUCCACUAUUCUGGUCACUGAGCCAACUGGUACAACCACCACUGGUGUCGUCACUGAGCCAACUGGUACCACCACCAUUGGAGUUGGUGAGACCACCAAGCCAACCACCUUGGCCACGGUCACACAGACCCAGCCUGAGACCACCACUCAGACUGGCACCACCAAGCCAACUCCAACACAGACCAUCCAGGUCACAGACACAACCGGUACAACCGUUACAGGUGUUGUCACUGUCACUGAGCCAACUGGUCAGACCACCACUGGUGUCGUCACCCAGACUCAAGUGGUGACCGUCACCUCCUCCCAGCCUGUGACCUUCACUGAUGUUGUCACACAGACGACCAAGCCUGAGGUCAUCACCACCACCCUGGCCACCACCAAGCCAACUCAGACCCAGACCAUGGUCACCGACACAACAUCUGGUAUCACCACCACUGGCACAGUUACUGCACCAGUCCAGACAACCACUAUUGGCACAACCCCUACCACCAAGCCACAGACCACUCUGGUUACUGGCACAACUGAGGGCACCACCACCACUGGUUUUGUCACCGGUACUGCCACCACCAAGCCAACACCAGUGACCACCCUUAUCACUGGCACAACCGGCACUACCACCACUGGUGUUGUCAUCGACACCACAACUAUCAAGCCAACUGAGCCACAGACCACUCUUGUCACAGGCACCACUCUUGGCACCACCACCACCACUGCCAAGCCCACUACUCCUGUGCAGACCACAACUGCAGCUCACAAUGAGCCUUGCACAGAGCCUUUGGGCAUGGAGGGCGGGCAGAUCAAGCCAGACCAGAUCACUGCCUCCUCUCAGCUGGAUGACCAGCACAGUCCUGAUGAGGGAACCCUCAAUGGCCCAAGUGCCUGGAAGCCUGAUGACACUGAUGUCAACCCGUCUAUCACGGUUGACCUGCUUGAGCCAACCCACGUGACUGGCUUCAUCACCCAGGGCAAGCCUGAGACCAAUGAGUUUGUCACCACCUACACUGUCUACUACAGCAACGAUGGUGUCAACUUUGUGCCAUACACUGAUGAGUUCAACAAGCCUGUGAUCUUCACUGCCAACAGUGACAGCACCACUCCAGUCACCAACCUGCUGGAUGUGAGCCGACCAAUCACAGCUCAGUACAUCCAGCUCCGCCCAACCAGCUGGAACGAGGACAUCGCAAUGCAGGUUGAGGUGCUCGGCUGCAAGGAGCCAACCACUACCACAGUUGGCACCACAACCAAGCCUAUCACCACUCAGGCUACAACCACCACCCUGGGUACAACAACCCCAAUCAUCGUUGUGUCCACUACUGGAACCACCAUCCUCACCACAACAACCACACCUGUUGGCCCCCUGCCCUGCCAGGAGCCUCUUGGCAUGGAGAGUGGUGAGAUCAAGCCUGAUCAGAUCACUGCCUCCUCAGUGUACCCAGACCCCAUCGUCAGCCACGGUCCGGAACAGGCCGUCCUCAACAACCUGCCUGAUAUGGACGGAACCGGUGCAUGGUCUCCUGCUCCUGAUGAUGUCAACCCGUACAUCCAGGUUGAUCUUGGAGAGCUUGUCCAGGUGACUGGCUUCAUCACCCAGGGCCGUCCAGAGUACACACCUGAGCAGUACGUCACCGAGUACACCGUCUACUACAGCAUUGAUGGCAUCAACUUCAUCCCAUACACGGAUGAGACCAACACUCCUGUGGUCUUCAACGCCAACACUGAUACCACCACACCUGUCACCAACCUGGUGUCCAUCAGCCGACCAAUCCUGGCUCAGUACGUCCAGAUCCAUCCACAGUCCUACAACGAGUAUCCCAGCAUGCAGCUGGAGAUUCUGGGGCUGCAGAGUGAACGAGCCAACAACAACUCAGCUGUACACAACCACCUCUGGAACACAGCCAAUCAGCACUGGUGUGGUGACUGAGCAGACAACCACCACUGGUGUUGUUACUCAGACCAGCAUUGUGACUGAGAAGCCCACACCCACUACCACAGCUGCUGUGACAACUGGUACAACCACCACCCAGACCAAGCCACCAACCACUCCUGUCCAGACCACUACUCCAAACAACGAGCCAUGCAGGGAGCCUAUGGGUCUGGAGAAUGGCCUGAUCAAGCCAGACCAGAUCACUGCCUCCUCUCAUCUGGAUGACCAGCACAGGCCUGAGGAUGUUGUCCUGAACAACCCAACUGGUGCCUGGAGGCCAGUCACCAAUGACCAGACUCAGUAUCUUCAGGUUGAUCUUGGAGAGCUGACCCAUGUGACAGGCUUCAUCACCCAGGGUGAGCCUGAAACCACCAACUACGUCACCACCUACUACAUCACCUUCAGCACUGAUGGUGUCAACUUUGU